AUGAUCGAGGAAACUAUUAAGAAAGUGAAGUUGAUCCAGGAGAAAAUUAAAGCAGCCCAAGAUAGACAGAAAAGCUAUGCUGAUGAGAAGCGCAGGGAUGUAGAAUUCCAAAUAGGAGAGAAGAAAGUUGGGAAAGUAGCAGAUGUGUCGGACUUACCCAACGAGCUGGAAAGGGUGCAUAAUGUUUUUCAUGUGAGCCAGAUUCGCAAGUAUGUUCCUAAUGUUGCACAUGUGCUAGAACCAGAGAUAAUUGAGCUAGAUGAAAGUUUGACCUAUGAAGAAAAACCGGUGAGAAUUUUAGAUAGUAAAAUCAAAAGCACCAGAAAUAAGGAUGUGAAGAUUGUCAAGGUACUAUGGUCAAACCAUAAGGUUGAGGAAGCAACUUGGGAGGCUGAGGCAGAAAUGCGUAAAGAGUACCCUAACCUUUUCAUGGUGAGUGGUUAA